AUGGCUUUGCUAAAAAUGGCAGCGGCCGGGAAGAAGAAUGGCGCCGGUAAUGGAAGCAGCGGCGGCAGCAGCGACGAAGACGACGCGGAGGCCUUGCAGAGAGCCCGGGAGGCCGCCUGGGUCCCUCCCCGCGGAGUCCCGUCGCCAUCGAUCGCCCGCCCUAAUGAGGAAUAUGCAAAUGAGCUGCAAACGAGCGCCGGGUUCAAGGCUCACGUGGCCAAGAAGCUGACAGCCAUCUUGGACAGGUCGGUGACGCUCUGGGAUCGUCCGCCAGGAACCAUAGAGAAGGAACAGGAAGGGGCGGAGCCGCCCAGAGACGGGUUCCGCCUCUUCUCCUCGUCGCUUCCGGAAAAUUCCGAAAAACCCGAAUCCUUGCCUUCCAUGGUGAGGAAGAAGAGGCGAUGCUCCUCCUCCUCCAGCUCUUCGGGGGAGGAGUGGCUCCGUUGCCGGGAGGCGGCCAUGACGGCGGCGGACAUCUUGAAGGGGAGUGGCCUAGAGCAGGGCGGAGCGGGGGGCGGGCCUUCCGCCACGACCGACGGAUCCCCGGCGGCCAUUUUGCGGAAGAAGAGGAAGAGGAAGAGGGGGAAACAAGACGGAGUCGGACCGACUUGACGUAUAAAUAAAUUGGGCAUUUGUUUAUUAA